CAGACAACUACAAACAAGAUGGUUGGCGUUGACGCAGAGAUUAUCGCCGAUGAUACCAGAAUCCUGGGUCAGGAUCCUUUGAUCCCCCCGGCUCUGCUCAUCUCCGAGAUCCCCAUGACUCCCAAUGCCCUCCAGACCGUCGUCAAGGGCCGGAGAGACGCUGCCCAGAUCAUCAUGGGCCAGAACGACAGGCUAUUAGUCGUCGUCGGUCCCUGCUCCAUCCACGACCCCGAAGCCGCCCACGAGUACGCCGCCCGCCUCAAGCAGCUCUCCGAGAAGCUCGCCGACGACCUCUGCAUCGUGAUGCGCGCCUACCUGGAGAAGCCUCGCACGACCGUCGGCUGGAAGGGCCUGAUCAACGAUCCCGAUAUCGACUCGUCCUUCCAGAUCAACAAGGGCCUGCGCGUCUCCCGCCGGCUCUUCGUCGACCUGACCUCCAACGGCAUGCCCAUUGCCACCGAGAUGCUCGACACCAUCUCCCCCCAGUUCCUCGCCGACUGCAUCUCCGUCGGCGCCAUUGGCGCGCGAACGACCGAGUCCCAGCUGCACCGUGAGCUCGCUUCCGGCCUGUCCUUCCCCGUGGGCUUCAAGAACGGAACCGACGGCAGCCUUGGCGUCGCCAUUGAUGCCAUUGGCGCUGCCGCGGCCAAGCACCACUUCAUGGGUGUGACGAAGCAGGGCCUGGCUGCCAUUACCCGCACCAAGGGCAACGAGCACGGCUUCGUGAUCCUGAGAGGCGGAAGCAAGGGCCCCAACUUUGACAAGGAGAGCGUCCAGGCGGCCAAGAAGAUGCUGACGGACAAGGGCCAGAAGCUGGCCAUUAUGAUUGACUGUUCUCACGGCAACUCUCAGAAGAACCACAACAACCAGCCCAAGGUUGCCAAGGCCAUUGCCGACCAGCUGCGCGAGGGCGAGCGAGCCAUUGUCGGCGUCAUGAUCGAGUCCAACAUCAACGAGGGCAACCAAAAGGUCCCUGCUGAGGGUCCGGCCGGUCUCAAGCGCGGCGUUAGCAUCACGGAUGCAUGCAUCAACUGGGAGGACACAGUCACGGUCCUCGAGGACCUUGCCGCUGCCGUCCGCACCCGACGCGAGGUCAACUCGGGUGCUCCUAGCGCAGAGGCCAAGGUGAGCACUCUGGAGGAGGACUAGACGUAGUUUUACCGGAAGGGGCGUAUGUGUGUACGAUGAGAGAGAGGAACGAAAAGCAUGAGGGUCGGUUUGUUGAUUUUGAACAUUACGAUGCGUGAGUUUAUGCGCGCGAAUCCUGGCUUCCUCCCUGGCCAGCGUAAAUAAGAAAAGUUUUAGGGAGAGCAUUCGACACGGAUAUCGAGAAAUUGGCGCACCAAAGGAACAUGUAUGAAGGCAUAUAUUGUUGGCUGUCCACUUUGUCACAGACGGCGCACACGAACCAGUUUCAG